GCAUAUUAAAAUAUUAAGUGUAUAAUUUUAUUUUUAUUUAAUUCAAAUUUAUAGGAAUUUUUUUAAUAUAAUAUAAAAUAUAUAAUUUAAAAUUAAAAUAUACCAUGUCAUACAAAUAGAAAUAGAAGUGAAUUGUAACACCUGUUUUACAUGUGCUUUACCCCUGGUAGCAUUAGAUGAAUAUGAAUAGUAAGAAACAAUAUAUUGCAUUGUUACACUUGAUAACGACAUCAUCUAGAAAAUUUAAAAUUUAGUUGCUUUGUUUCUUUUUUUAUUGUAUUUUUAUUUUAAUAUUACUAAUAUACUUUAAUUUUGACCAUUUAAUCUUUUUCAUCUAGUUAUUAUUAUUGAUGUAAAAAUUACUAUAAAAAAUCGCGUCAAAUAUAUGUAUCCCUGUUCUGUAGUGUCACUAGUAUACAAUUAAAUUGUCAAAAUAAAUAAAUAUUUCACUAAUAAUUUUAUUUUUAAUUAUUUAAUUAAAAAAAUUGGUAUUUUUUAUAUAUAUUUUUAAUUUUUACUUUAGGGAGAAUAAAAAUAAAAAUUUAAAAUUAAUGUUGAAAACUUUAAUAUUUAUUUUAACAAGUAUAUAAAGUAAAGGGAAAAAACUUUUAAAAUUUUAAAUCUUGGUGUUACUAAGUAUUGUUUCUUGCAAGUGGCUGACAUCAUUUGCAACAAGAGAAGAAAGCACUAAUGGGGGAUAAUGGGACCCUGACUUCUCUAAGGUCAGAGUUAGACAACCCUCCUCCCUUAUUUUUAGAGCGUUGUAUUUACAGAGUUCCCAAGCGGCUAAGCAUUGGCAAAGAAAGGGCCUACACACCACAAGUUGUUUCCAUAGGCCCAAUUUACCAUGGCAAGGAAAAUUUGAAACCAAUGGAAGAGCAUAAGAAGAGAUACUUACGUGAUUAUCUUCGAGACGCAAGAAAAGAUUUAGACUAUUACGUAAAUAUCAUAAAGGUCAAAGAAGAAGAAUUGCGCAGUUGUUAUGCAGAAUCGAUAGCAUUUAAAAGUGAUGAAUUUGUAAGGAUUGUUCUUGUCGACGCUGUCUUCAUCAUUAAGACAUUGUUGUCAAGUUUCCCUUCCACAUGCAGAAACCCACACGACCACAUCUGUUGUCGGUCAUGGAUGAUGAAUGACAUCAGACCGGAUUUGUUGUUACUUGAGAAUCAGCUGCCACUUGUCAUCCUUGAAGAUCUUUUCAACCCAGUACGAAAAUAUUUCUCUCAUGAGCAGAUUUCAAUCGCUGGGCUUGCCCAUGUAUUCUUUAAUCGUAUGAUAUCGGUCUUUGAAGAACAUUUGGAGCGAUCCUCUCCUAGAGCAAAACAUUUUGUCGAUUUAUUAAGCAAAUUCUCCGCCUUCCCUUUGCGGCCAAAAUCUGAAACUGAAAGGCAACUGGAAACUUCAUACCUCCCAAGUGCAACAAAGCUACAUCAAGCUGGAGUUAAGUUCAAGGCGAGAACAAGCAAAAAUUUGCUUGACAUCCAAUUCUCUAAAGGAAUUCUAGAAAUUCCAAAGUUAAUGGUAACUGACCACACAGAAAUUUUGAUCAGAAACUUAGUUGCCUUUGAACAAUGCCAUUUCUCGGAUAAUCGUUACAUAACUGAUUAUGUUGUGCUUUUGGACAACCUUGUUAAUACCCCUGAGGAUGUGGAUUUGCUUGUUAAGUCUGCGAUUAUUGAUAAUCAAUUAGGAGACAGCAACCAGGUGGCUAACUUGAUAAACAAGCUUGGUGAUGGGGUUGCCUGGAGCACGGAUGACUACUAUUUUGCUGAAACAUCUGAAGAACUUUGUAAGUACUACGGAAAGCCAUGGCACAAAUGGAAGGCCAACUUAAAACAAAACUACUUCCACUCACCUUGGGCAGGUCUUUCUGUGAUUGCAGCUGUUUUUAUCAUCAUUCUCACCUUUAUACAAACAGUUUGUUCUAUUAUCUCCACUGUUAAAGGCUAUUCUCUCUAGGUAAUACUAUUUUUCAUCUCAAGGUUUAGUUUCUAAGAGUUGCAAAAUUUAUGAUGGUUUAUUUAUUUGUGUGAUAAGACUAGCCUUCUAUUUAAAUCAAGGAUAUAACUUGACGUGUGUCACUAAUAAAAUGUUUCUCUAAAUCUCAUUAUUCAUGAGUUCAAACAGCUAUAUGUGUAUUAUCUGUCAA